AUGUCGGUAUGUCCAUUCCCUUACUUGGUAGCUCUUAUGGCUCAGAAAAGCUUCAUCUGUGGAGGAUCGAUCAUAGCUCCAAGCUGGAUUCUGACGGCAGCUCACUGUAUCGACAGUUCUGUAAAGCGGUUGUUCCUGCAUCCAAACUACAAGCGUCCCUCAUUCGACUUUGAUGUAGGACUCCUACUGAUCAGUCCUUUGAAGAUCACACCCUGCAUUCGGUGUAUUGCGUUAGCUCCGGCUUCGUUCAAACCUAAAACCGGAUCGCUUGGUCGGAUCAGCGGCUGGGGUCGUACGGACCCCUUGGAAAAUUUCUACCCGGAGUACGUCCGUGCUACGAUCGUACCAAUCGUUGAUCAGAAAGAGUGUCGCUUCAGGUACGGGAAACACCAUGUUACACGGAACAUGUUCUGCGCCGAGGAUCAUCAAGGUUUGCGGGAUGCGUGCCAAGGGGAUUCGGGGGGACCUUUCGUGCAGGACGAUCGCUUGGUGGGGAUCGUGUCGUGGGGGUCGGGAUGUGCCAGCUAUGGAGAUCCCGGGGUUUAUACGAACGUCGGUAGGAUGCGCAAGUGGAUUGAUCUUGUAGUUGAGAAUGAUCGUAUGAACUGUUGA